UGCUUUGGUAGGAUUAUCUAAGUCAGCACAAACCUCUCCCAUACCUGCAACAUGGACGUCUCUCUACUCCUCAAUGUGGAGGGUGUUAAGAAGACCAUUCUGCACGGGGGAGUGGGAGAACUCCCUAACUUCAUCUCUGGCUCCCGGGUGACGUUUCAUUUCCGAACCAUGAAGUGUGACGAGGAGCACACAGUGAUAGAUGACAGCAGGCAGGUGGGCCAGCCCAUGAGCAUCAUCCUCGGCAACAUGUUCAAGCUGGAGGUGUGGGAGACGCUGCUGACGUCCAUGCGGCUCGGGGAAGUGGCUGAGUUCUGGUGCGACACCAUCCACACAGGAGUCUACCCUAUGUUGUCUCGCAGUCUACGGCAGGUGGCUGAGGGCAAGGACCCCACCGGCUGGCAUGUGCACACGUGCGGGUUGGCCAACAUGUUCGCAUACCAUACCCUGGGCUACGAGGACCUGGAUGAACUGCAGAAAGAGCCGCAGCCUCUCAUCUUCCUGAUUGAGCUGCUGCAGGUGGAGGCCCCGAGCGAGUACCAGAGGGAGACGUGGAAUCUGAAUAAUGAAGAGAGGAUGCAGGCCGUGCCUCUCCUUCACGGGGAAGGCAACAGGCUCUACAAGCUGGGGCGCUACGAUCAGGCUGCCACCAAGUACCAGGAGGCCAUCGUGUGCCUGAGGAAUCUUCAGACUAAGGAGAAGCCCUGGGAGGUUGAGUGGCUGAAGUUGGAGAAGAUGAUCAACACCCUGAUCCUCAACUACUGCCAGUGCCUGCUGAAGAAGGAGGAGUACUAUGAGGUGUUGGAGCAUACCAGCGACAUCCUGCGACAUCACCCAGGGAUCGUGAAGGCCUACUAUGUGCGCGCACGUGCUCAUGCAGAGGUGUGGAACGCUGAGGAGGCCAAGGCGGACCUCGAGAAAGUACUGGAGCUGGAGCCUUCCAUGCGCAAGGCGGUGCUCAGGGAACUGAGGCAGCUGGAGAGCCGUCUGUCGGACAAGCAGGAGGAGGAGCGGCAGCGCUGCCGGAAUAUGCUGGGCUAGGCAUUGCUGGGCUGGGCAGGGCUGGCCAGGGUAGGAGCUGCUGUCUGAAAUGCUGGGCUGAGGACUGGGGCAGUGGACUGGGCACUGAGUUCACACUGCUCCACUUGCUCUGCAGGGUGCCCUAGGGUGCGGUGGUGUCCUUGGUUGCCAUGAGACUGUCAGUGACUCCUCUGCGAUCAGUUGCACAGCCUGUGGGCCACGUUCAGCAAGCAAAGCCCGAGCAUCCCUGGUUCAAUUAACAAGAACUUCGAUGUUGCUUUUUAGCAUAUACUCAUAUUAAAUUAUAUUAUGACUAAUUUCUGAGGGCUGCAGAUAUAGCUCAGCGGUAGCAAGCUUGUUUAGCAAUCCUGGAGCCCUGGGUUUGAUCUCCAGUAUAAAUAAAUAGACACACACAUAAAUACAUGUAUUGUGUGGGAUCAAAGUCAUAGGUGCCCAUGAAAAUUGAAAGCACCUCCCCAUCCCGAAAAAUACCCAAAUUAACAAACGGAACAGGCUAGCUCCCAUUCCUUAGCUCAGGUGCAGUAAUCAACCUU